AUCUUGCUUGCUGCUCUCGGCGCCCGGUCGCAGCGUUUCGCGGCUUCUGUCGGAUGCGCUGGGGGGCUUCCGUAUUGGUCCGUGCAAUUCGUGGAAUGUUGGGUUUCUUUCAGAAAUCGAUCUGCUCGUGGUUCUGUGUCGGUCUCGCCGAUACUGUGUGCGCUAUAUCGCAGUUUUAGUGCUUGUAACAAACGUCCUUUUUUUUUUUCCCAACGCAGUUUUUUUGUGUGGUUUUUUUUACUGGUUUGCGAUGUCAACGCGCGCCGGCUUCAACGGACGGCUCAUCGCCGAAGUGCAGAAGCGACCGGCGCUCUGGAACAUGUGGGUCGGCGACUUCCGGGACACGGACGUUAGGGAAGCCCUCUGGGAAGAAGUGGUGGCUGCUCUCGCGCCUGACAGGUGCACCGUGCAACAGGCCAAGUCCCGAUGGAGGAACCUCCGCGACACGUUCUGCAAGAAGUGGAAGGCGGCUCUGCGGUCCAACAAGAGCUGGACCCACGGCACUGUCUACGGGAAGGAGUGGGCGUACUUCUCGCGGCUCACCUUCCUCCUGGAGUGCCUGAACACGCAGAGGGUGACUGCGGUUACGACCGUCAAUAACGACGUCAAGCCCGAACUACAAGAGCCGGAGAACAUUCUGCCUCUGCAGGUGUAUGUUCCGGCGUACGACGAAGCAGUCGAGGAGACUCCGCCGUGUACCGCCGAAGACGCCGCCGCCGGUCCCUUCUCGGGGGCCGAGGCCUCCCCCGGCGCCAGCAACGCCUCGGCGAGCACCGAGCCAUCGCGAGCGACGGGACAGGAGGACAGCGUGAACCUCCCGUCGGCCUCGAGCAGCGUGUUCAGGUUCAGAAAGACGCGCUCCAAGAAGCACCGGCUCGGCGACAAGGCCGACGAGGAGGAAGCUCCCGAAGAGCGCCCUGCCGCCUGUCUCAAGCCUCUGGAUCCCGUCACGCAUUUCCUUCUGGCGUUGGAGCCGUACCUGAAGAAGACGCCGGAGUCGAUGCUUCCGCAGUUGCAGAUGGAACUGCUCAACACUGCCGCGGCCUACAGUCGAGGGGAAUAUCCAGAACCGCUCUUUCCGAGGCAGUAGGCUCAGAGGCUGGUUCACAUCCUUACGUCUGCUUACGAGUCACGACCGAGUGCCUUCUCUAACUACGAGAGAACACAGUGCUGUCGGGUAGAACUUCGUAAAUGGCGCUGGCGUGACAGUUUGUUGUCCCGUCGUAAGAGGUCGCAAGAACUCGGUCGUAGGCAAACAGAAGCGUGUGAACGGGCCUUCGAUCCUCUGUCGUGGCUGGCUUUGGGAAGCUGUCGGCGAUGUGUGCGAACAGCGUCUCUUCUAUGUCGCAUUUCCUUGUCGGCUUCUACUGGGAAAAUGGAAAAGCUCGAUGACGUGCACUGCAUGCAGUCGCGGGCUUCCACCGUGUUCAUUUCAUAACGCUGUAGCUCUGGUUGUUCUCGGCGGCUGAGAAUAAAGCGACAUGGCAGUUGUGUUUCGUACUUGUGACGUUGCGGGAAACGAAGUUACGAGUGUGAAAUGUAAAGUUACCGGUCUGGUUUUUUUAUUCAUGCGCACUGCUGGCUCUUUUUUACGAGCUCUGGCAGGUGUGGGUUGUACUCUAACUCGUAAAAGAAAAAAAUAAAUAAAAGAAAACAAAA